UGGACUUCUCCGCGAGCUAGAGGCGCGCGCACGCGCUCCCGGGUCCUACUGACCCAGGAGGAGCGGCGGGAGCGCGCCCGCAGCCCGGGCGAUGAUGCCAAGGGAGGACGGGCUAACCCCAGCAAGCCGUGCAUGUAUGUGUGUGUGUAAGUGUGUUGGGGAGUUACACAACCAGUCAGGGCAGAUUGCGUGCUGCAAAUGUGAGUUUUCCCCAAGUAAGCCAAAGCUCCUGUCUAUCUUUCUCCACCUCUUACUUGGACCAACCCCGUCUUCUUGUUUUUAUUUCUAAUUUUUUUGGGCGCCCCUUCAAGUGCCCUCGUUACCACUUUCUGGAGACGUUUCCCUCCGCCCUCCCUUAAACAGUUUUCGUUUUUAUUACGGCUGUUGUUGUUAUUCUGCUUGGGAAGGCGAGAAUCGAAAAGAUGAUAUGUGGUUCCUUCUCCUGGAGGCUGGCACCAGAACUGAGGACCCUCGCUGCUGUUGGUCGGGCAUCUUCUUAGAAGAGAAGCUGGAACUCUGUAUUGUGUAAACGAGCUGAUGGACGAAGAUGAGAAGGACAGGGCAAAGAGGGCAUCGCGCAACAAGUCAGAAAAGAAGAGAAGAGACCAAUUCAACGUCCUUAUUAAGGAACUAUGUACCAUGCUGCAAGGCCAUGGGCAUCCACUCAAAAUGGACAAAUCCACAAUACUGCAGAGGACCAUUGACUUCUUACAGAAACAGAAAGAAAUCACAGCACAGACUGAGGCCUGUGAGAUUAGGCAAGACUGGAAACCUUCAUUUCUUAGCAACGAGGAGUUCACUCAGUUGAUGUUAGAGGCAUUAGAUGGUUUUCUCAUUGCACUUACCACUGAUGGGAUUAUUAUUUAUGUAUCUGAUAGUGUCUCUUCUCUUCUUGGGCAUUUACCGUCAGAUUUGGUGGACCAAAAUAUAUUAAACUUUCUGCCUGAACGUGAACAGAGUGAUGUGUACAAGCUGCUUUCUCCACACAUGCUCAUGACGAACGCUGUGGCGACAGAUUUCCUGAAUGCUGAAAAACAGAUAGAAUUUUGUUGUCAUUUAGCCCGAGGAAAUUUAGAUCCAAAUGAACCCAUUACAUAUGAAUAUGUGAAAUUUGUAGUGGAAUUUAAAUAUUUUACUAAUGUGCCUACAUCUUCUUACAAUGGCUUUGAGUCUGCCAUCGCGCGAGCGUUCCGAUCGGCCAACGAAGAGCAGGUCUGCCUAGUAGCAACAGUUCGUCUCGUCACUCCACAGUUCUUGAAGGAACUUUGCAAUGUGGAAGAACCGUGUGAAGAAUUCACAUCGAGGCACAGCCUGGAAUGGAAAUUUUUGUUUUUAGACCACAGGGCCCCACCUAUUAUAGGUUAUUUACCCUUUGAGGUGCUUGGGACUUCAGGUUACGACUAUUACCAUGCAGACGACCUGGAACUUCUUGCUCGGUGCCACGAACACUUGAUGCAGUUUGGAAAAGGCAAGUCCUGCUACUACAGGUUCUUAACCAAAGGCCAGCAGUGGAUAUGGUUACAAACACAGUACUACGUCACUUAUCAUCAGUGGAACUCCAAGCCUGAGUUUAUCGUGUGCACCCACACGGUUGUUAGUUAUGCUGAGGUUCGAGCUGAAAGAAGAAGAGAUCUUGGCCUUGAAGAGUCAUCCAUUGAACUAGCAUCUUCAUCUUUGAAGAGUCACGGUAGCUACAUUGAUAUCCGGCAAUGUGUAACCAACCAAGAAGCCAGCCGGGAAAGGGUGUCGGUGUCAUCUCAUAGCUCUCGGCGAUCUUCUCACACAGCGCUCUCGGACUCUGCAUCCACGUCAUCUGUACGGCACACGGAUGCCAGCACCCCUACUAGGCAGUCGUUACCGAUGGGCCAGUCGGACAAAGCACCUCUAAGACUUGCCUCAAGUAGCAGCACACAGGGUAUUAUAACUCCUCAGACGCCCACUGAACAUCUCGCUGAACAUCUCGCACAGCACCAUAUGGCACAGACGACUGUCCCGGCCCAGCAAGCGGUUAUGCCAGUGUAUCACUUCCCAACUCAGGUAGGGAUGAUGCAUCAUUUGAAGGAACAGCUUGAGGAGAGAACGCGCAUAUUGCAGGCUGACAUCAAGACGCAACAAGAGGAACUGCAUGUGAUCAAAGAGCAGCUUCAGCUGGUGCAGGACUCUAAUUUGCAGAUGCUGAUGCAACAGCCUAUGCCCAUGGUCUUCAGCGGAGUGCAACACCAGAACCCGAGGAGGCCUUCCCAGCAACAAGCAGCAGCAGUUGUGAGCAGACCAGCCGCAUCAAAGAAAUCCCAGCAGCAAGGCCUUAUGGGAUCAAAGCAGUUCUGCAGCACACACCUGGCAUCGCCUCAGCAAUUCCUCAGGGACCCUUGUGUCACAUCAUCCCAGGUACAGCAGCAGCAGCAGCAACAACAGCAACAACAACAACAACAACAGCAGCAGCAGCAAAAGCAGGCCAUGAGAGGAAAGCAGGUCCAGCAGGCCUGCUUGCCAAUGCAGAUGAGCAUUGCAAUGCCGCUGUACAACAACCCAAUGGUGUUCUCUCAAGCGCACCCUAUCACUGCCUCUACUCCAAUGUCAGCUGAAAUUGGUGAAAGGCAACAGCAGUCCAAUUACACCCAAGAUCGGACUCUAAGAUUUGCUCCGGAGCAGCAAGGGCUGCCUGCUGCAAUACAGAUGCAGCCAAUCACAUGCGCCGCCACUCCGUCACCCGUCUUCACCUCCUCUGUGAUGAUUCCACGCGCCAACAUCGCCCCGCAGCAGGGCCACCCUCCUCCCAACACCCUCCACCAGUGGCAACCGCAGCCAGUUCAACAGCAUCACCUCUACCUUCAGAUGCAAGGUGCGGCUGAGCCGGGCCAGAACCAGCGCCUGUUCCAGCAACCUCAUGUCCCUCCGCAGAAUGCCACCAUGGGAUAUUUCCACCACCCGCAGCCGCAGAGCCAGCACCUGCAAGGCCAGCCUUGCAGUUUACAAGACCUGCCUGAAAUGCAGCUGCCUUGAGGCCUUGGUGGUGGCGGCAGUCUUGGGGGUAGCGGCUGUGCUGAGCAGAAGUGAGUGGAUGGAGGGGCAAAGCACAGAGGAGAUGAAGGUCCUUCCUUCCUGGUACGCCUGGAAGGUGAGGAACAUGCCAGAGCCGGGGAAGGGCCCUGGCUGGAGUGGAGAGCAGGUUGGGAGUUUCUUGCACUUACUUGGAAGGAAAACAAACAAAGGAACCACCCGGGAGCGACACUACUCCAGCAAAGUGGGAUGAAAAGCCAAGCUUGGCAUUUCUUAACCGCUUAAACUGUGUGCAGCUAGAGCAUCUCAUCUGUACAUCCUUUGGCUAGAGAUGGGGGCGGGGUGAGUGGAGCCCGGGGGCAAGGCUGAUUCAUUUUUGGAUGCUUCUGUCUGCCAGGAAAGGUUCACUGGCAGAUAGGGUUCCUUGCUCACCUGCAAUAGUUAAAACAAAAAUGAACUUAACUUGCCCGAGUGAGGGGGAAAGGAUUAUUUUUCAGGAGAGCAGCUGCCUUUGUGUGCUGCAAAGCCAUAUAUAUGAAUAUUAGUUAUAUUUAUAAAUAUGGUAGAUGGAAUUCUAGCCUGCAGGUUGUUUUUUUUAAAAAAAUAUUAGUAAAGUUUACACGCUGAUGCGUUAUGCGGCAGAAAACCACACACCUGUGCAGGAGGCAGCCAAGUCUUAUUUUUUCCUUUUUCUAAAAUAAUCGUUGCUGAAAUUCACUGUGAAUCACUGUGAACACAGAUGGAACUGUAAGCAUCAACCCACGACCGUAUAACUUUUUUUCUUUUGUGGAUGCAUUUGUGUAUAUACAGAUUUCAUUUUUGUGUAGUAGUUCAUGUGUGGAUUACUGAACAUAUUCCCCAGCACUCUAUCCCAUUACCCAACCAUUUCCCUAUAUGUGAAUCCCAUAGUUUCUUUGGAUAAUUGGGUAAUGCUGCUGCUGUUUAUGACACCACUCUUGCCUGAAUUUCUUCUUUUUGCACCAGCCCCUUUCACUGUUAAAGAGUUAUGAGAGUUAUGAUGUGUCUAAGAGCUUCUCCUAUUUUGUUGCAAAGUCCAGAUAUAUAAACCUACCUAUUUCUACUGCCCAUUUAGCCAAAUAUAUAUAUUUUUCAGGAGGUGCAAGAAAGAGAUCCUUCCCUUUCUUUCACUCUGUGUAUAUCCAAUGAACCUUUCUGUGGGGGAGGUAUCUUGAUGCCCAAAGACAAAAGCAAACUUUGUGGUUUUGCUACUUAGUAGGUAGAAUUUGGCAAAGUGGAGUUUCUACCUAAACAAGGAUACCUACGAUGUUACAAGUCAGUAGCGUUAGCAAUAAAUUGUAUUUUUUUAAAUGGUCACUUUAAGUGUGUUUAUAUAUUUAUAAACGUUUUCUUUAAAAAAAAAAGAAUAUAUUCUUCAGUGGGUGUGUAUACCAAAGUGUCCCCUACUGUUUUGUGUGUUUCCAAAGGAAAAUUAAUAAUUAAUUGUUAGGGGCAUUUUUUGUUUUGUUUUUGCAAAUGUAAGUGUGCUUGACUUGUACAUUUUUUAUAUGCUGGGUGCAGAAGGCAACUUUCACUAAAACUUCUUUAAAGAAAAGAAGUAAUGAGGUUGCAUUUAGGGAUCUGGUUAACAACAACAACAACAACAUCCACCUGUUGCUGGCUGUUAGGAAGAGGGUUUUUCUACCUGCAACAUCAGAGUAGAUUCAUUUAGUAAAAGUUCAGGGCCAUAACUUCAAUGAAAAACAAAGCAACAAUCGUUUGAAGCAUAGUAGCUCUGUAUUCUGAAGAUUCUCAGGCAGCACUAGAGAUCAAUCACUGUGUACAAAGUGUCUUAUUUUCCCCUUUACUUA